CGUUCCGAUGUACAUUGGAGGAGUUGUGCUACACGAGAUGUACUGUUAGGAUGGUCGCCAAUACCCGACAUACUCGGCAUAGGGGUAUUCGAGCAGCGGAUACACGUUCGCCACCCACGAAUUAUCCAAGUAAUGCGAUGCUCCCCAUCUGCACUUGCGGAGUGGCCACAGGUAUAGCUCUCGGAGCUAUUGUUGCAGGCCUCGUAAUGCACCUCGCCCCACCAGAAGAGAUUCUAGAUGCCUUUGGUGUGACGCCGACGCCGCCUAACGAUAUCUCUAUGUUGUCGUUUCCGACCAAUGUUUGCUUUGCCAGCAGUUGUGUAGUUAUGUCCCGGAUCCUCCAACAGACGAUGAACGAGUACGCUGACCCUUGUGACAACUUCUACGGGUAUGUUUGUGGCCGCUACGACGUUUCAACAGGAAAUAUUCAAGAGGUCAUGGAGGCCCACGUCAAACAACUAGUUACGAAAGCGAUGGCGACAAUUACUGUACCGUCAACUGGCCAGACACCUGUGCAAAAGGCCAUGGGUCUUUUGCAAGCUUGCCAUAAUGUGCGUGCAAAGAGUACAACGAACCAGAUAGAUGAACUACAAGGCUUCAUGAAGGAUCACAGCAUUACUCUGACUGACAACGAUACGAGUGAUCCUACGGAACGACUGUUUGAGCUCUCCUUACACUAUGCAGUGCAUACCCUCUACAGGACCGGCCUCUCACCGACAGCAGUGAACUCGUACAAAAAACGUCUCUUACUAAUCACCUUCAAUAUCGACCAUUAUGAAUGGCUCGCAGAAAGGGAAACUAAGAAGAAUUCGGCGACCUGGAAGCGGAAACAUUACAACGAUUUUCUGAAAGCCAUGAAUGCAGGUCAAAUUCGCAUAAUUGAGGUAGCAGAAGAUAUUGUCUAUGGGGUGCUGAGCAAACUAACUGGCGCCUUUAACAGCUUCCAGUUAAUGACUAUGAAGGAUAUAGUCGGUUCCAGCACGUGGCUGCCACUCUUACAAAAGUAUGCGUCACCAGGCUACACAGAACAGGACGAUAUUUCAGUGAGCACCACCGCACUACAGUACGCAUCACAAGUAUCCCAACUACUCGGUAACGUGAUGUUGAAUCAGCUGGUAGCCUGGGAAGUGGUCCGUCAACUCGGUCCCUUCGUGCACUACCAAAUGUCAAACAAAUUCGGUACCUCUUUCUAUGGUAAAUGUGAGGAGCGUAUGAAGGACGUUGUGAGUGUCGGCUUUUUCUAUUUUCUGGAUCUGUUGCCGCGAAAGGCCCUUCUCCACGCGGUGCUACUAAUCAGGGAAGUUAAGAACAACAUCAUGGAAUGGGCAACAGCAUCAACAGUCGUCAUGGACAGGCCAGCGACACUGAAAACUCUCAGCAAUUUUAAAAUCCUGGUGGGAUUUCCUGACUAUUUGAAUACCACAUCUAACAUGGAAGAGUUGUGGAACGAAAUACCGGAUGUCGGUGACCGCUUUCUGGCAUUUUGGCUGCGGAUGCACAAACGUUGGAUUGAAUGGCAGCUGAAUCACCCCUUGUCGUACCUCUUCGAUAUUACAAACCUCAGGAUUACUCGUGACUCUGACAGAUCUAUCUUAACUGUUCCAGCAUCGAUGCUGGACGGAAUUUUCUUCGAAUCCGGUGCGAUAAAUUCUAUUAAUUACGCUGGCAUAGGUUAUUCUCUUGGUACAGCACUGGCAAGCAUUGUUGACAAAACAGCACCUGUCAAUUGCCCCCAUGAACAUAUAAAUGACCUCGUCGGACUUCACGCAGCGCAUAGUGCCUUUGAGCUUGCAAGUGCGCGUGAACCGGUAAUCCUGCCACAACUAGAACUGUCUCCUCAGCGAAUUUUCUUUGUGUCUGCGUGUUUGAAGACGUGUUCUGUGCGUACACGAGUCGAUCUUCUACAGUCAGAAACAUGCAACGGACUGGCUCGCAAUUCACAUGCCUUCGCAUCGGCGUUCCAAUGCAGAGAGGGCGCCAACAUGAAUCCUAGAAGGAAGUGUUAUCUAUUCUGAGUGCUUAAAAGCAGAACAAUGUUA